AUGGGGCUUGGUAAAUGCAAGGUAAACUACGCCAGGACGGGGCUGUCUGUCGAGCACACAAGACAGCGCAAGAUGCGUCCAUGGAAGCAACCUCAGACACCUUCGAAGGGAAAACCUCCCGCUCGCUUUUGCAUGAAACAAUUCAUGGAGAAGAACUUUGAAGAAGGAAUGAAGUUCCUGUUUGAUGUGUGGCUGUACGUACGGCGUAAAGACACUGUAAAGACGCUGAAAUGCACCGGGUGGUACCUGUUCGCACCGCCAAACCUUGGUGUGGCCACUGGUCACGCCCGGUUGAUGCCCUUUUCCUGCCCGCUGUUCCCAGCCAUCGCCCGGCCCAUGCCAAGGCACGAAGGCGGCUCCUCCACGACCUCCACGACGCCCAAUUCCACAUCCACCUCCCACCUCCCACCGACAUCCCACACCCCAUUUGAUAUUCCUUUCUUCCUAGUCGUAUUAUUUAAUUUUCCUGAAUUCUCAUUAGCUGAGCAGGGCGGUGUCUGUUCCCUCGAGACGGCCGCCUCAUCUCAGAGGGUGUUCCCGUCCACGCCGCUUACCCCGUCCUCCUGA